AUGAAUUGCUGUUUGCAGGGUUAUCUAUCGGAAGUUGGUGCAUCAUUGGUUGACAAAAAACUUGGUCUUAAUAUCGUACCUACCACAGGAUUGGUUGAAUUAGCAGCACCUACGUUUUACUAUGGUAGAGUUGACCGAGCAAAAGCCAGAGCUAAAGAACGCAUCCAGUCCAGAUAUCCUGAUCUGGGACGACGAUUCCACAGAAUAGGUCUUCCACCGAAGAAAGGAAGUUUUCAACUGUUUGUUACUGGCUACCAAGAUGCUGCACAUUGGUUUCGCAUUUGGGAAACAUAUCCGGAACAAGCACCGCCGCCAGUCACUCAAAGAGAGUUUCAAAUCCUCUUCGAAAAAAUUGUCGUUCUCGACUAUGUCAUCAGAAAUACUGAUCGUGGCAAUGACAAUUGGCUAAUUAAGUAUGAACAAGCAGAUUUGGCUGAAACACCAGUUGGCGCAAACGAAUCAAAAGCAGCAGAAAUGGAAGCGCAGCCACCUGAUGAAGGCCAACUGAUCGAUUUGAAGCAAACAAGAACUGUACAUGAACCAGCACCUGCUGAAGUUGAAUGGGCCGAUGUUACUGUGCCGAAAAUAGCUAUUGCAGCUAUCGAUAAUGGAUUAGCGUUUCCAUUCAAGCAUCCAGAUGAAUGGCGAACUUAUCCUUUUGGUUGGUCACAGUUGCCGAUGGCUCAAAAACCGUUCAGUGAAGAGACGAUAAACGCCAUCCUACCGCUUCUUGACGACACUAAUUUCGUCCAGCAAUUAGGCGAGGAAUUGAAGCAGGUUUUUAAAAACGAUAAAGGUUUUGAUAAGAAAAUCUUUGAGAGACAAUUAUCGGUAAUGCGUGGACAAAUCUUCAACUUGAAGGAAGCACUAAGAACCAGAAAGUCUCCAUAUCAAUUGAUUCUUAUGCCCGCUCAGUAUAUGGUGGAAGUAAAACCAAAAAAGCGGAAGCAGCGUUUUCGCUCGGACAUUGAUGAUCGAACAGAUUGUGAAUGUAGGAUUUUAAAGUAUUUUUCAACUUAA